UUGAAUCGAUUUCCGAAUAAGGAAAGGAGCAGUCGGCAGCGGUCGAUUUUCAACGCCGCGAAGACGAAGGAUCAUCAAUUCACCAUGGGUACCUUCUUUAUCCAUGUAAGGCGGCAGAGUUGGGCCUACGUGGGAUCCGUCAACGCGUUGACCACAAGUGAGGUUGUCGAAAGAAGAAUCAUUUCCAGGGGGAGGGUCGCCCCAAGACGAUGGGGGUCCCUGUUGCCCCGCCAUUUAGGCGGAUCCCUCUACCGGCACUCGUAUGGGAAAACCCCAAUUGAUGUAGAUAUGCACUCACUGAUCGAGAGAAAAAAUCCCACCACACGGAAAGGUUCUCAACCCUGAAGUAGUCCGCUCACCCCAAAAAAUCUCGUUUGAUCACUCACUCGCGAACAAAUCUCAGUCGGUUCACACUCUCUUCACCUUUUUUUUUCUGCUCAGCCGGCUUUCGGCUACUUCGCUCUCCUUCUCCGAAAGAGAUUAUCGCUCCUUACUAAUUCGGUUUUUCUUACUUCUUUUUGCACUCAGACGUUGACCCCGACCUUGGGUUCAACAAGGUUCAAUUUUGUCACACGCCACACUUUUUGCACAAAUUUGCCGCCAAGCUUUUUCACUUCUCCUCACCACUGAUUUAUUUCGCCCCCCUUUCUCGGUAAGUAAGGGUUGAAGAGGCAAACGACGAAAACCACACUCGAUUGAACACCGGAUGGCCUCUUUAAUGUUCAGGCAAAACCUACCACCGCUUAACUUGAGCGUGGACCACCUCAGAACCCCUUCCCCAAUGCAGGGUAGAAGGGGCCCUCGAAAACUAUUUUCGCGCGCGAAGAAAUGCCGGUGUGAACAGGUAAGUAUGACCUGGGUACACUCACAAAAGUUUAACCCGGUGAAACACGAUGUAGUACACAAACUACUUAUUAAAGUACCAUCCACUUGUACGCUAGUGGAUUUCAAAAUUUAACGCACAAAAUGACACGGACGAACGAUUUAAAACGCACAGAAAAACAGUAAAAAUCGACCAGCGAUUAAAAGAACGUCUGCACACAAGCGCUGCUUGAUGCUAUGAAUAUAUAGAAAGCUGUGCUCAAAUCAACUACAUGAUUAUUUCUUUAUGAUAACAGUAAAAUUGGUAACAAUAAUGGCAUAUUCGUUAAAAAUACUAUGGGUUCUUUGGAAAUGCAUUAGUAACACUGACUACUAUAUGUUGUUAAAAGAACUGCCGCUUUAUGCUGUCUAAAUACUGUUUGUGCGGUAGUAUUUACCAUGCAUAUUACUGGCGUCAAGUUUUAUUUUUCUUUCCAUUUCUCAUUUUACUAUGUUUAUGGUCGAAUCAAGGGUCGAAUGAAACAUGUUAUACCGACAAAUUUCAGCAGACUACAUUUUGCAUUAGAAUUUACCGCAAAUAUAGUUUUUCAGUGUAGUAGAGAACUUGACGUAGCGCCAUUUUGUGAAAAUCAAACUGCAAUCGAGAUCCGCCAGUCGCGCGUGCUUUGUUUUGGUUUACAUUUUUAUUUCUAAAUUAAAAUGAGUUUCUUGCAAAAAGUCGAAAAAAUUGAUGUAAUUGUCGACGAUACACUCGCCGAUCCAGAAAACAUUUCAGAGGAGGACCGUAAUCCGGAUUUGGAGACGUUGAUUGUUGAAUGGAAUUUGAGUCUGGCUAUUUAUGCAAUUCUUAUUCAACAUGGAUACUCAGUCCAAUAUGUUAAACAAAUGGACGACAGGUCAUUGGAUGAUGUGUUUUCGGUGGCCAAAUGGACGGGGCACAAAUUUGCGCUGCGGCAAAAGUUAGUUUUGUGGCCAGAGAGUGUUCUGUACCAGUCGGCCGGUACAUCGAGGGCAUGCCAAAAUGUAUCCGCAGUAGCAACAGUUCCUUUCGGAUCAACUACAGUGGCAUUUCAUUCGAACCCAUUGAAGCACCGUUUGCUGCCAACCUCCGUAACAUCGGAGUUGAUGAAUGACAUUUUGCGCCGCAAUGAAAAAGGAAAAAUCGUGGCCAAAUACUUCGAGAUCCAUCACUGCCUCGAUGCCACCCACAGAAAAUACCUCGCUCAUACGGUCGUCGAUUAUUACAUCGCCAAUGAUCUGUACUUCUCGCUACCGGACAUGGCGAAAUUCGCUCAGUUGAUUGCUGAACGUUUUUCUAACGAACUACCCGAAACAUACUUCAACCCUAAAGACGUAAAGGCUGAAAAGAAGCAUCCCUCCGGCUUAAUUUAUGACCGGUUCCAUAAUCGCAAUAAGAAGAAACUUAUUAAGGUUAAAUCCGAAACCGACAAGGAAAAUAUUUUCUGUGGAGUGAAGGCUGCUGCACUACAGCUAUCUGAAGACGAUAUCACAACGCAAACAACGCUUAAAAACUGGUUGCGCAACAACUUUGCCCCAGCAGAAGAAGUUCAAUUGAAGUGGAAAAACUCGAUCCUUUUGCGAUUACGAUCAAUUAUCAACGAAUGUGAUGUUGAAAAGUCCAACAUCCUUUCUGAGUGGCCCAGGUUCGUUGAUGAAGGUGGAUAUUUACUGAUUGAUUCGGACUUUGAGCACCUGUUUGGAAACUGUGAAAAACUGUUCGAUAAUUGGGAACUGUUUGCGAAGAAAUUUCUAAACUACAUCCGAAGCAGUGAAAUCAAAGAUGACCGCUCCCAACAACUCCUGAAAUAUUUAGAGGAAUCAGCUGUUUGUCAGGAUGGUCGUGAUUUAAUACUAUGCUAUGCAUUUCAAGCGCUUAUUAAGCCAACGCGACGAUCUGGUGGAAAACUUCCUACCAUCUUAGAAGCUUAAUUCGAUGUCUGCUGCCUUUGUGAAGCCAACGAAGAAUACACCGAUGACUUGAAAUCACUGCGUCGAGAUUGCGAAGGAGCGAAAAUUCAGAUGACACCACGCAUUUAUGCUAUUGGCUGCCUUGAAAACAUCGAGGCGUUUUACGUCGUAACAGGAAAGUUCGAGUAUAAAUUGCCAUCGUUCCUGCGUUGCCUAGAUGUCAUCGUUAAGCUGAAGCACGUACUCGAUUAUCGUUUUCCAGAAAGUUGCGAGGCAUUCUGGUGCUUCAUAACUCGAUACUUUUACGGUAUCGACUACAAAAGGAAGUCGAAGAACAACCAACUUCUUCAAUUGCUGACGUAUUUGGAAGCACACUGCAAAGAAGACGAGUAAUGGAUUGCUAUCUCUGUUCAACAUUUUUCCAAGCCAUCGACAGUUUAAUGAAACACCUUAAAAUCGAGCAUGGAACGCCGGCGAUAUCAAAUUAUAAGUGCACUGCAUGCAAGCCUGCUGCACUUUUCAAAGACGUGCAUAGAUUUAGGCGUCACGUUAGUGCUUGCCAUCAUAGCCUAUUUCAGGCUAGAAGCGUAACAUUGGAAAAGUCAGGAACUCAACAUGAAAAAGAAAAACUGUUGCCUUCAAUUGAACCCGCUCCGAUGAUACCUGAAAACGAAAAAGAAUUUGAAAAUACUAUCGAGAAUGAGGAUAUUGCUAUUGAAGUAAAAAGUAAAGAAGAGAAAAUACUAGAAAUAAGAAGUAAAUUAAGAGAGGUAUUUUUAAGCUUCACGGUAAAUCUACAUGGUAAAAAAAAUCUAAGCAGAAAAGAUGUUAUCGAAUUACAAAGAAAUAUAACUGAAGACAUUGUAAUACCAA